AUGCCUACAACGGACAUACCUUUCUCGACUAUUGCCAUGGACCAUGUCACUAUGCCUGCCUUAGACAGUGUGCGUUAUAUCCUCAAUGUAAUGGACUUCGCUACCCGUUACGUCAUUCCAGCAGCAGUGAAGUCAACAGCAGCAAGUGAAGUUAUUAACCAUUUGCACCAUGUUUUUUACACUUUUGGGACCCCCAUUCACUGCAUCUCGGAUCAUGGGUCAGCGUUUCCGUCGAUCCAGUUCAAACGUUUCAUGCACCUUCAUGGCAUUGAGCUGCACUACGCAACUGUAUACAGACCCGAAGGCAACUGCCUCGUAGAAAGAAGCAAUGGAACUUUGGUCUCAACGCUUCGCAAACUGUGUGCAAUCGAAUCUUCAACGUGGGAAUCAAAGCUCCAGCAGGAGGCAGCAUUUGCCGUCAACACGACCGUGAAUUCCAGCACAGGCUUCGCCCCUUUCGCACUUUUGUUUGGGUAUAUUCCAAAGAUCCCCUUGCAACAGCACCGCCCCGUCCAGCAGCCUUCACUCAUGGAACGUAUCCUGGACCUAUCGUCCCACCCAACGAAGCAAAGCAGCUUCUAA